GAGUUUACCUUUUGGACUUUGGAUUUUGCAGACUUGAGUUUUAUGAAGAUUUGUGUGAAGAUUUGUGUGAGGAUUAAGGAAUCAAGUGAGGGAUAAGAGGAUAGGGAUAAAUAAGUAAGGGAUAAGAGAGGAUAGGGAUAGGGAUUGAACAUUCCUGAGGGAUCGAGAGAAGACAGGGAAAAAGACACGAGGAGAUAGACGGAGGAAACGAAACGGAACGAGAGGAACGAGAGGAAUAGGAAGAAGGGUAAGGAUAGGAAGAGGGAUAAGGAUAAGAGAUCGUACGAAGCAAAGGAACGAGGAAAGUUACAAGACAAGAUUACACGAACGAAAGACACGGAUAGGGAAACCGAAUACCAACGAGUCCACGGACGGAGGAAAGAAUCGAGUAAACGCACCAGAUAACAGGAUAGGAUAGGAUAGGAUAGGAUAGGAUAGGAUAGGAUAGGAAUUGGCACGAAAGAGAUAGAGAGAUAGAGAGAAAGCAAAGAUGUCGGCGAUACGCGUUGCUCCUACGAAAGCCGCUCGAGCCAUGAGCCUCCUUCGCACAAUCCAAUACACACACCCACCCAGCUGCCCUUGCCACAACAAUCCCUCACACCACCACCACCACCCCAGCACCUCUCUCCUCUCGCAAACCAAACGCAAUCUCCAGCGCAACUACGCCACGCCUAUGGAUCCCACGCGCGAAAAAGAAUAUGCGUUUGAGAUGGCGGCUUCGUCGAUACGCUUUGGACCCGGGGUGACGAGGGAGGUGGGUAUGGAUUUUAAAAAUUUGGGGAGUAAGAGGGUGCUGGUUGUGACGGAUAAGGUGGUUAGGGAGUUGGAGGCCAUGAGACAGGUUAGGGAGGGCUUGGGGAGGGAGGGGGUGGAGUUUGAGGUUUUUGAGGGGACCAGGGUGGAGCCGAAGGAUACGAGUAUCAAAGAAGCAAUUCAAUUCUCCAAGAAUUAUCAACCAGAUGCUUUUCUAGCAGUGGGUGGUGGCUCAGUCAUCGAUACUGCUAAGCUCAUGAAUCUGUAUACCUGUUAUCCAGAUGCCGACUUCAUGGAUUUUGUAAAUGCACCACUUGGCAAAGGUAGACCCAUAGAUAAAACCCUCUUACCUCUCAUCGCCGUUCCCACCACCGCUGGAACCGGCUCCGAAACAACCGGCACUGCAAUCUUCGAUCUCGUCUCCCAUAAAGCUAAAACGGGCAUUGCGCACAGAAAUCUCAAACCCCUUCUCGGUAUAUGCGAUCCUCUCAAUACGCGCACCAUGCCUUCUGCUGUACAUGCUAGCUCGGGAUUAGAUGUGCUCUGUCAUAGCUUGGAGAGUUGGACUGCCAUUCCUUAUUAUGAGAGGACCCCCAGACCCCAAAAUCCUAUCAUGCGACCGGCGUAUCAGGGCGCAAAUCCGAUUAGUGAUAUUUUUUCCCUGCAGGCGUUGAAGAGUACGGCGAAGUAUCUUCCGAGGGCUACGAAGGAUCCUGAGGAUUAUGAGGCUCAGAGUCAGAUGUUGUUGGCGGCUACGUUGGCGGGGGUGGGGUUUGGAAAUGCGGGGGUUCAUUUGUGUCAUGGAAUGUCCUACCCCAUAUCCGGCCAAAACCCAGGCUAUACGCAUCCCGGCUACGUAACCCAAACGCCCAUCAUUCCGCACGGAGUAUCGGUCGCCGUUUCCGCGCCCGCCGUCUUCCGCUUCACCGGCGCCUCGAACCCAGAACGUCAUCUCCAAGCAGCUGAAUGCUUUGGUGUGGAUAUCUCGAAUGUGAAGAAGGAGAGUGCGGGCGCGGUGUUGGCGGAAGCGUUGGAGAAGUUUUUGGAGGAAUUGGGCGAUCAGCCUAAGGGCUUGAAGGAUUUGGGGUUCAAGAGGGAACAUAUUGAUGGGUUAGUUGAGGGGACGUUGCCGCAGAAGAGGGUUUUGAUGCUAGCGCCGAAUUUGGCGGAGGAGGUGGGCGAGGAGAGAGAACAGUUGAGAAGGCUUUUUGAGGAUGCUAUGGGUGAUUGAUUGUGGUUUGGGGGUGUGGGGGAGUUGUUUGUUUGUUUGUUUGGGGGGAGACGAGAGGGGGGAUGGUGGUUUUCUUUCUGCGUGUGUGUGUGUGUGUGUGUGUUUGUGUCUGUAUGUCUGUACUGUAUUGUAUUGUACACAUUUGAUUAUGAUUAUUCAAGCCAUUAUGAAAUUUACA